AUGAACAAUAAUAAUAAUGCUGAAAACAAUGAUACUCAACAACCACUACAACAUAAUGAAAAUGGUAUUAUCAAACAGAAUGGAAUUACUGACGAUAAUAAUGGUUGUUCAUCAAAUUGGACUAAAGAAUUGUUGGAAAUAUUCCAAAAGACAGAAAAUGAUAUACAUUCACUAAUGCCAUUAACUAAUGGUAAUAUUGACUAUAAUAAUCAUACAUCAUCAUCCGAAUCUGAUGAAAUCAGUGGUGUAAGAAAAGCUGGCAUCAUAAUCGUUCUUAAAGAAAACUAUGGUUUCAUUGAAUCGAUUGAUGGUGAAAAAGAAUAUUAUUUCCAUAGUCUUUCAUAUAAUGAUGAUGAUUGUAAACUUGGACAAUCAGUCGAAUUUGAUACAUUAUUUUCGAAUGGAAAAUGGAAAGCGAUCAAUGUUUCUUCAAAAGAUGAGAUAGAUUUAUGUGAAGAUAUAUCAUGCGAAACAUUCACUGGAACUGUUGUACGUACUCUUGAGAUGUUUGAUUCUGAUCAAGAUAAUUAUACUGGAUUGAUUGCUAAGAAUGGUAUCGAAGGCAAAAAUGGCAUGAUAAAUGGAUGGGAUAAAAAACCUGAAUAUGAAUUCAGCAUGAUUUCAUUGAAAUUUCUGAAAGAUUACAUUAAUGUUGGUGAUUUGGUACGAUUCCAGGUGGCCACUAAUCCAGUGACGAGAAAACAACGUGCUUAUAAUGUUGAAGUUAUUCGUGAUCGUCUCAAGGGCACUGUGCUUACAUUGCAACGAUUAUAUGGAUUUUUGAAACCAGAUAAUCCGGGUAUUGUCGGCAACAUUUAUUUCAAUGCGGCUGAAAUUCGAUCAAAUGUCAAGAUUAAAUUUGGUGAUAAAGUAGAUUUUCUUUUGGUCAAGAAUAAAAAGACUGAAAAAUUUUAUGCUAUCGAUAUUAACCGUUUGGAUGAUAAUCAAUUUACAUCGAAUGGUGGAUCAACAGCAACUGAUCGACAAUUUAUUCGAAAUUUUAUCAUCAAUAAAGAAACGAAUGGACCAAAAGUGAUUGCCAUUCGUCAACCGAAAGCACCGGAUGGUACUAAAGGUUUUACCAACAUGAUAACAUUUACUGGUCAGCAUUAG